AAGUUUGUUCCAUUAUAAAUGAGUUACAAUGCUUGAUAUAAACAAAUGCACAAUUCUUCCACACUGUAUUUAUAUAACAAAUCCAGUUGAGUUUCUGGUCAAUGGUAACCCCCAGGAUGUAAUAGUGCCUUGAAUGUCAAGGGGCAGUAGGCAGAUUUGUCUCUUAUUGGUCAUUGCUUGGCAUUUGUGUGGUGUAAACUUUACUUGCCACUUUUCAGUCCAAGCCUGAAUAUUGUCCAGGUCUUGUGCAUUUAGAUAUGAACUGCAUCAGUAUCUGAGGAGUCAUGAAUAGUGCUGCACAUUGUGCAAUCAUUCACAAACAUGCCCACUUCUGACCUUUUGAUGAAAGCAAGGUCAUUGUUCAAGAAGUUGAAGAUGGUUGGGCCUAGGACACUACCCUGAAGAACUCCUGCAGAAACCAGGAGCUGAGAUGACUGACCUCCAAUCACCAAAUUCAUCUUCCUAUGUGUCAGGUAUGACUCCAAUUAGCAAGGAAUUUUCCUGAUUUCCACUGACUCCAGUUUUGGUAGGGCUCCUCGAUGCCACACUCAGUCAAAUAUGACGUUGAUGUCAAGUGCUAUCACUCUCACCUCACCUUUGGAAUUCAGCUCUUUUCUCCAUGUUUAAAUCAAUACCCUAAUGAGGUCAGGAGCUGAGUGGCCCUGGCAGAAUUCAAACUGGACAUCAAUCAGCAGGUUAUUGCUGAGCAUGUUCUACUUGAUAGCAUUUUACCAGUAUUGAGCGUAGACUGAUGGGACAAUAAAUUGGCUGGAUUGGUUUUGUCCUGCUUUUUAUGUACAGGGCAUAACUGGGCAAUUUUCCACAUUGUUGGGUAGAUGCCAGUGUUGUAGCCGCACUGGAACAACUUGGCUAGGGUGACAAGUUCUGGAGCACAAGUCUUCAGUACUAUUGCUGGAAUAUUGUCAGGGCCUAUAGUCUUUGCAGUAGCCAGUGCUUCCAACUGUUGUUGCUUGAUCUCACAUGGAGUGAAUUGAAUUGGCUGAAAAUUGGCAUCUGUGAUGCUGGGGACAACCAGAGGAGGCCAAGACUGAUCACCCACUUGGCACUUCUGGCAGAAGAUUGUAGCAAAUAUUUCAGCCUUGGCUUUAUAUUGAUGUGCUAAGUUCUUCCAUCAUAGAAGAUAGGGAUAUUUGUGGAGUUUCCUCCUCCAGUGAGUUGUUUAAUUGUUCAUUACAAUUCAAGACAAGAUGUGGCAGGAUUGCAGAGUUUGGGUCUGAACUGUUGAUUAUGGGAUCACUUAGCUCUGUCUAUCACUUGCUGCUUAUGCUGUUUGGCAUGCAAGUAAUCCUGUUUGGUUCAUUUUCAGGCAUGCUUGGUGCUGCUCCUGGCAUGCCCUCCUGCACUUUUUAUUGAAUCAGGGGUGAUGCCCUAGUUUGAUGCUAAUGGUAGAUUUUGGGAUAUGCCAGGCUGUGAGGUUACAGAUUGUGUUGGAGUAUGAUUCUGCUGUUGAUUGGCCACAGUGCCUCAUAGAUGUCCAACCCUGAGUUACUAGAUCUAUCCAAUUGAGCAUGGAUAGCACCACAGAACACAAUGAAGAGUAUUCUCAAUGUAAACACAGGAGGACUCAAGAGGACUGCAUGAUGAUCACUCUUACCGAUACUAUCCUAUAUCUGUGUCAGGCAGGGUAGUGAGGGAAGUCGGAACUUGGUAAUCAAUAGAAGGUUUCCUUUCCCAUGCUUGAUCUGAUGCCACGAGACUUCAUUGUCCACAGUCAAUGUUGUGGAAUCCCAAGCCAACUCCCUCCUGACUGUAAACAACUGUGCCACCAUCUCUGCUGAGCCUGUCCUGCCGGUGGGACCAGUACAUAUCUAAGCAUGGUGAUGGCGGUGUCUGAGACAUUGUCUGUAAGAUAUAAUUCUAUGAAUAUGACUAUGUCAGGGUGUUGCUUCACCAAGUGUGUGAGACAGCUCUCCCAAUUUUGGCACUAGCCCCUAGAUGAUAGUAAAAACGUAAUGAUCAAAUCACCAUAGCCCUACCAGAUAUACAGCUGCUUUCCCAUUCGAGAGAAAUGACUGGUGGUGGUUUAACCUGAGGGUCACCAUUGCCUCAGGAGAGAGGAGAGAUUGAGAAGUAGAAUCCUUCACGGUGAUGUCAACCGGUGCAGGAAUUUAACCCAUGCUGUUGGCAUCAAUCUACAUCACAAACCAGCCAACUGAGCUAACUGACACUACCUCGAAUGUUAGUAAGGAGGAAGUUGCAGGGUCAACAGGGCUAUUUAUGCUCUUGUCGUUUCCCAGGUCUAGGUUGAUGCCAGGUGGUCUGUCUAGUUUCAUUUCUUUGUGGAGAACUUACAACUGAGUGGCUUGCUAGGCCAUUUCAGAGGGCAGUUGAGAGUCAACCACGUUGCUGUGGGUGAGAAUUGCAGAUUUCCUUCCUGGAAGAACAUUGGUGAAACCACAUGGGUUUUCCCAACAGUCGACACUGGUUUCAUGGUCCCCAGAACAUUCCCUGGGUCUGUGGAUUGAUAAUCUAGCGAUAAUAGCUUUGGGCCAUCUCCUCCCCCGAAACAAAGUUGCUUUGUGAUGUCAACUUGCUCUUGUGACUUCAGGCGUGUCGAUAAUCCAUGCAUUUCAGCUCCCCUCACACCAUUCUUCUUUCUGCAGUAUGUCUUGCAGAUCCCUCGCGAUCCUUACCUCCAGAGGGCCUCUUUCAGCUCAACCUUCUUCAUGUUGCACAGCUUCCUCUUUUGGGCAGGACUCUGACCCAAUCUGCGUGGAAGGCAGCUUCACUUUACAAGGAAUCUUCCCCAGGAAUCUCCGCCCAGCGCUGACUUGCACAUUGCUCCCUCCCAACAAGACAGUGUUUCGGCAAACUCUCGUGACAGAGUCUGGGUCAUGGCAGCGAUCGUGGGGGGCAGCCGCCUGCUACGGAUUCCCUUCCGACGCUGCCCACUACCCUCUGCAUGUGUCAACAAGAGGACUGCAGUCAGGGCGAGGGGUUGUGCCCAGGGCUUGGACCCGAACAAGAUCCGAACGUUUCACGCGACUUCUCCAGCCCCUAACAUCAGCUCAUUCCUGCCAGAAUCCAGCUCCUUCUCUGGGGUAAAAUCUUACGCCGAUCUGUUGGACUUCGCCAUUAAAGAUCCCGAAACUUUCUGGGGGACCCUGGCCAAGAAGAGACUCUUGUGGAACCGGCUCUUUCAGCGGGUUCACGAUUGUGACUUCAGCAAAGGCUCCAUCGCCUGGUUCCGGGGAGGACAACUCAACGUGUCAGUGAAUUGCUUAGAUCGUCAUGUCAACCAGUAUCCUGACCGAGUGGCUUUGAUCUGGGAGAGGGAUGAACCAGGCACCGAAAUAAGGGUUACAUACAGGGAACUUUUGGAGACCACAUGUCGACUGGCCAACACUUUGAAGCGUCAUGGGGUGCAGAAAGGGGACAGAGUUGCUAUCUAUCUCCCAGUAUCUCCCAUAGGUAUAGCUGCAAUGUUGGCUUGUGCUAGGAUUGGUGCUGUGCACACAGUGGUGUUUGCAGGUUUCAGCAGCCGUGCGCUGAGUGAAAGGAUCUCUGAUGCCCAAUGCAAGGCUGUUAUCACCUGCAAUCAAGGAGUACGUGGUGGUCGUGUUAUUGAGCUAAAGAAGGUGGUGGAUGAGGCUGUAAAGUCAUGUCCCACAGUAAAAUGCAUCUUUGUGGCACAGAGAACAGACAGCAAGGUUCCUAUGAGCAAUAUCGACAUACCGCUCGAAGAAGAGAUGGAGAAAGAAGAGCCAGUAUGUGAACCUGAGUCCAUGGACAGUGAGGACAUUCUCUUCUUGCUGUAUACUUCUGGAAGCACGGGAAAACCCAAGGGUCUGGUCCAUACACAAGCUGGUUAUCUGCUGUAUACAUCUAUUACCCACAAGUAUGUCUUUGAUUAUCAAAAAGGUGAUAUUUUUGGCUGUAUGGCAGAUAUUGGCUGGAUUACGGGGCACAGUUAUGUGGUCUAUGGCCCACUUUGCAAUGGAGGCACCACUGUGCUAUUUGAGAGCACUCCUAUCUAUCCGAAUCCAGGUAGAUACUGGGAAACUGUGCAGCGGUUACAAAUCAAUCAGUUUUAUGGGGCUCCAACAGCCAUUCGUCUGCUACUGAAAUAUGGAGACAGCUGGGUGUCCAAGUAUGAUCGAUCAUCCUUGAAAACACUAGGCACGGUAGGGGAACCUAUUAACCACGAGGCCUGGGAGUGGUUUUGGAAGGUUGUGGGAGAUGGCCGAUGUACACUUGUGGAUACCUGGUGGCAGACAGAAACAGGCGGUGUAUGCAUCUCUCCACGGCCUUCAGAGGAAGGAGCAAAGAUUUUGCCUUCUAUGGCUAUGAGACCAUUCUUUGGGAUACAGCUUGCUAUAAUGGAUGAGAAAGGUAAUCAGAUGGAGGGAGAUGAUGUUACUGGUGCUCUCUGCAUUACAAAGCCUUGGCCAGGCAUUGCCAGAAGUAUCUAUGGGGAUCAUCCCAGAUUCCUGAAUUCAUAUUUCAAAAAAUAUCCAGGAUAUUACUUAACUGGUGAUGGUGCACACAGGUCAGAGGAAGGCUAUUACAAGAUUACUGGCCGUUUGGAUGACAUAAUUAACAUCAGUGGCCACAGGUUGGGUACAGCUGAAAUAGAGGAUGCUCUGGCUGAACACCCUGAUGUGCCAGAGACGGCAGUGAUUGGCUAUCCUCAUGACAUGAAAGGGGAAGCUGCAUUUGCCUUUGUUGUUUUGAAAGAUACCUGCUCCAUUUCUGAACUGAUCAUUAAAGAUCUGAAAACAAAUGUUGCAUCUAAGAUAGCUAAAUAUGCUAUUCCUGAUCACAUCCUGGUUGUGAAGCGACUUCCCAAAACCCGAUCUGGGAAAAUCAUGAGGCGGGUGUUGAAGAAAAUAGCCACGGAUGAUACUUCUAAUCUGGGAGACCUGAGUACACUAGACGACCCUCAAAUCAUCUCAGAGAUCAUUGCAGCCUACAAGAAGUAUAAAAACGAUCACAUGACCAGAAAAUAAACAGUCAGGACUCCUUAAAUCAUAAAUCAUCCCACAAUUUUGACACACGUAACACCAACUGGUUGUAUACUGUUCAGGGUUAUGGUUUCUAUGUUGCACUUAAAAAAAUUAAUAAUGAUGACUUUAAUUAACAGUAUUUCUGAAUUGGUCCUAAAUGCGGAAGUCACUCCUUCUCAUCCCUAAUUUCCCCCUUGACCCUUCCGGAGAAAAUUGCAAUUACAUUGGUACAAGUGCCUGUACUGUCCCAGAUUCUGAUCGACAGUAUUCAGUCCAUUUAUACAGUUGAGGUAGCUGAUCUGUUAAGUCUAUUCCUUACUCUGAAAUGGCUGUUCUUCUCCCAUUUCUUGCUGCCUGGACUCGACACCAGAACCACAGUACACCAGAAUGCAAUGCUGUAUAAAUACAUGCACGUUCUAACCCAGUAAAACCAAGUAAUGAAAACAGCAAAAUAAAAGAAAGAACUGCAGAUGCUGGAAAUCUGAAACAAAAACAGAAAAUGCUGGCAAAACUCAGCAGGUCUGGUAGCAACUGUGGAUAGAAAGCAGAGUUAACAUUUCAGAUCCAAUGACCUUUCUUCAGAAAAGAACAUGUAACAGCAGUUUCUGAUGUGUAGAGAAAUGUGGAUGUGAUAACUAUUAUACUCUAGAAGAUAAAUGUUUUUGAACAGAGCCUAAAUCCAUACUUUCAGUGGGAGCUUUAUUUCAGUUACUCAUAUUCCAUUAAACCACAGCCAACAGCAAGCUCCCCUUGUUUACACAACCAAUUGACACUCAAUUAAACCAAAAUUAAUAUUUAAGGGUUAAUUAACCUGUUCUGUCAUCCUAUUGUGUCUUGGGCAUCCUUCGAAACUUAUUAGAUGAUAAAAUUCUGUUUUUUUCUUUUUAAAUAAAUCUAUUCAUAUAAUUAAAAAGAAAACUAACAAAAUACACAAAAAAACCAGCAUAUCAUGUUCCAUUCUUUUUCUUUGGGCAUUAAAAACUACAUGCGUCCUUUUUCCAGCAUGUACAAUGGUUUCUCAGUGCUUGCUCUUUUCUUUGUAAAACAACAAGAAAGCUGAGUGCUGCUAUCCAUCCAUUUCAAUUUGGAAAUUUCCCCAUUCUCCAGCAUGUUUUAAAACUGCAACAUUUAUCCUUAGAUAUUUUUCAUUUACACAUUUCAUUGAAUGCACAUUAUCCCACAGUGACUUAUUAUCAACAUUGCACUCAAUGGUAUUGCUGUUGAAUUACUUGAUAUUUUGCAAAGAAAAAUGUCAUAUGUAUCACCUCACCAAAUUUUCUGCCACUAAGUUACAGUUUACUACUCUUCUAAUCCUUUUAGCUUCCCCAGCUAAAGGACAACAUUUAUCUCCAUUUCCCAUGAGAAAAGUUGUACAUUCCCCAUCUAAGAGAUUUUCACAAGAAACAUCACUAAAAACAAGUGUCAUGUUCCUGGCAUCUCCCAAUAAUGGAAAUUUCAAAACACAAUUAUCCAUUUAAAAUUAUUUCAAUGUUUUGUUUGCCUGAAUAUUAUGUUCCACCUUGGGAUUUUUCACGUUGUACUUAAUACUAAUACUUCAAAAUUGGCAUCUGGCCUUGUUUGGCUGCCCACUCAAUUCAGCUGUCCAAAUAAAUUUCAAAAUUCCUUUUUUCA